GCUGAAACCCAAGAGCCGGAUUGUCACAGAGAGAGAGUGUCAGAAGACACCCCGUUACCCUCGACAAUUUAUCCCGCGCGACCUAAGCCAAGAAAAUCGUCAAAGAAACGCAAAAAAAAAAAAAAACAAACAAACAAAUACUCCGGUGACUUCGUCAUCGACUCGGAAAUUUUGAAAAACAACAACAAUAAUCAUGGGAAAGGAAAAAAUACACAUAAAUAUUGUUGUAAUUGGUCAUGUUGACUCGGGUAAAUCAACGACAACUGGCCAUUUAAUUUAUAAAUGCGGUGGCAUUGAUAAGCGUACUAUUGAAAAAUUUGAAAAAGAAGCACAAGAAAUGGGUAAAGGUUCAUUUAAAUAUGCAUGGGUAUUGGAUAAACUUAAAGCAGAACGUGAACGUGGUAUAACAAUUGAUAUUGCAUUAUGGAAAUUUGAAACGGCAAAAUAUUAUGUCACCAUUAUUGAUGCGCCAGGUCAUCGUGAUUUUAUUAAAAAUAUGAUAACAGGCACAAGUCAAGCCGAUUGUGCUGUAUUAAUUGUUGCCGCUGGUAUUGGUGAAUUUGAAGCUGGUAUUUCAAAAAAUGGACAAACACGUGAACAUGCAUUAUUGGCAUUUACAUUGGGCGUAAAACAAUUAAUUGUUGGCGUUAAUAAAAUGGAUAUGACCGAUCCACCAUAUUCAGAGAGUCGUUUUGAAGAAAUUAAAAAAGAAGUAUCAUCUUAUAUUAAAAAAAUUGGCUAUAAUACAUCGUCAGUUGCAUUUGUACCAAUAUCAGGAUGGCAUGGUGAUAAUAUGUUGGAAUCAUCGCCAAAAACAACAUGGUAUAAAGGUUGGAAAGUUGAACGUAAAGAUGGUAAUGCCGAUGGGAAAACAUUAAUAGAGGCAUUGGAUGCUAUUUUACCACCGUCACGACCAACUGAUAAGGCAUUACGACUUCCAUUACAGGAUGUUUAUAAAAUUGGUGGAAUUGGAACUGUACCAGUUGGACGUGUUGAAACUGGUAUUCUAAAACCAGGAAUGCUCGUGACAUUUGCUCCAGCUGCUUUGACAACUGAAGUGAAAUCCGUUGAGAUGCAUCAUGAAGCAUUGACAGAGGCACUACCUGGUGAUAAUGUUGGAUUUAAUGUGAAAAAUAUUUCAGUUAAAGAAUUAAGACGUGGCUAUGUUGCUGGUGAUUCAAAAAAUCAACCACCAAAAGGCGCUGCUGAUUUUACUGCACAGGUUAUUGUUCUCAAUCAUCCGGGACAAAUUAGCAAUGGUUAUACACCGGUGGUCGAUUGUCAUACCGCUCAUAUUGCAUGUAAAUUUGCUGAAAUCAAAGAGAAAUGCGAUCGUCGAACUGGUAAAACAACUGAAGAAAAUCCAAAAAGUAUUAAAAGCGGUGACGCAGCUAUUGUUAUGCUACAGCCAACAAAACCAAUGUGCGUUGAAGCAUUCCAAGAAUUUCCACCAUUGGGCAGAUUUGCAGUUCGUGACAUGCGUCAAACUGUCGCUGUCGGUGUUAUUAAGAGUGUCAACUUUAAGGAUACUCAGGGCAAGGUUACAAAAGCCGCCGAGAAGGCACAAAAGAAAAAGUAACCAUCAAGCUUCCUCGGAAGAUACCCAAUGAAAAUUCUCCAAAAAUCCCCAAAUUGGACGCAAUUUUAUCUAUUUGCGUCAUUUUUUUCAUCAACUUUUUCAAGUAAUGACAAAACAUUUUUAUUUUUACCUCCUCUACAUUAUCCGAUAGUAUUGAAUCCUCGUAUUUAUCCAAAUUUACAUAUUCAAUUCACUCAUGCUCCUCGCACUCCUCACAUAUGCUAGCAUUCAAUUUUCCCCAAAAAAAAAAAAAAAUAAUAAUUGUCAUUAAUUACAAAAAAAAAUUGGCAAAACCAAAAGCGUCCAAUAAUAUUCCGUUUCCUUGAAAAUAUCAUUCAUUCGAAUGUGAGACCAUUUGACCAAACAAAAAUAGAUUUUUCAUCUGAAAAACUGCCUCGCAUUCCUUUGUUUCUUUUUAAUAUGAGAUUUAUUAAGGCUGAUUAUUCAAAAUAUAUUUUAAAAAAAUUUUUUUUAAUUUUAUAAACUUUUUUUCAACCAAAAAAAAAGUAUAGUUUAUAUUUAAUAAUGGUGCGAAUUGGAUUUAUAUAUCCUAAUAUUCUUAAUCGCCUCUUUCCUAUAGACGCGUUCUUUUUAAACCCUUAGUAUUAAUUAUGUUGAUGUAAUAAAAAAAAAAAAAAAAAAAAAAAAUACAAUUGAAAAUUUGACUAUCAUUACAAUCCCAAUAUAAAAUUUUCUAAAUAAAAAAUGCACAAUUAUGAUAAAUAUAUAUAUAAUUUAUUCUCAAAAUGAAUUCUUGGUAAAUUUUACAAUUAAUGUUAUAUGUACAAAAAAUGUUUUUUUAAUGUAAUGAUUUUAUAAGAAUUUGUUAGAAUUCCUUUUUUUUUUUUUUUGUUAGGAAAAUAUCAAUAGGAUGAAAAAUGUCUGACACAAAUCUAUUUUGCAGUCUGAAAUGGAUUAAUAGGUCACUUUUCAUUUUCUGAUAUGGCGCAAUCAUCACAUUAUUGGAAUUCAUAAUUCUUAAACAUAUCUUAAUUUAUUUCGUUCACACCGCAAAUAGAGUUACCAAUAUACAACUUUCAAAAUUUUGCAAAAAUUAUAAACACUUUUUACCAAAAAGAAAAUUAUUUUAUAAUUUUUAAUUUCUAUUAAUAAUAAUUAAUUUUUUAAUAAUAGAAAUUUUUUUGAUUUUGCAAAAUCUUUCUAGUAGUAUUUGUGCAGAAAUUAUUUUUUUUACAUUUUAAAAAAAGGAAUUAAAAUCCGAACAAUGUUAAAUUAAUACUGAUUGACAAAAAAAAAUAAUAAUAAUCGUACAAUUUGUAAGUAAUCACCACAUACAGGACUUUUUAAAAAAAAAAUUUCAAUUAUCUAUACAAUGAUGCCAAUCGAAUUUUCAUAAUACUAUAUCGAAUUUAUUCGAAACAUUAAUUAGAUUUGACAAUAAAAAAAAGAAAUUUUCUUUUUAAGCUAAACCUCUUUAUUUUGUGUCAAAUUCAUAAAUGCUAAAGCAACACACAGCCUCAUAAUUGUUCAAAAAUAUUUCUGACAUAUCCUUAAAAAAAAAAACCAUGGAAUUAUUUUUCAGAGGUUCAUUAUUUUAUUUACAAAAUUUCAGAUUUUUUUAUUUGUGCUUUAAAAAAAAAUGAAUAUUACUAUAGGUUAAAUAAAUAAAAUUAUUUCUUUUAAAAAUAAAUAAAACACAUUGGAUAAAAAAAAAAGAAUAAAGAGAGAAAACCUAAAUUAAAAAUUAUCAGAUAAUAAUAUUAUCACAUUUUGAUAUUUCUUUUCGAGAAUCUGUAUUGGAAAUUUUCUAAAAUCUUAAAAAAAAAAAAAAAAAAAAAAAACGAAAA